UUUACACUUUAUUUUUUGUAUAAAAUACUUUGAUGCAAACAACAUUUUUAUCUUUUAUAAUUAGGUCCUUGUAAUUUCUUGCAAAGGAAAGAGUGAUACAGCCAAAAUCCGAAAUUAAUUCAAAUUAAUUUAUAUAUCGAGACAAUUAUAACAAAAUUUGUCUUAAUUGAGAUUAGCCACGUGUUAAUCUCCGCCGGCAGCCUCGGUUAAUUCAUUUUGGCGCACCCGCAAUUUGUUUUUGGCGCCAACGGGGUAUAAAAACGACGCCGCCGAACGUUCCGAUUCGCUCGUUCGAAAAUUUCACUCAAAUCUCCGGUGGCGAUUAUAGAAUUCAUCAAAUUUUAAUUUUUUUUGUUGUGCAGAAAUGAUUAGUGCGCGAAUUGCAUUAUUCAAUGUUCAUUCUCCCAUUAAUUAUCCUCUCCAUAAUCCGCCGUUGCAGAUUUUCCCACCCCCAAUUUUCCGGUACGCACCGGCGAAACCAUUUCGCGGCCGAUUGAGAGGAAUUCAGAUCGCAUUUUGUACGGAAAAUCAGUUUGAUUCGCCGUGCGAAGAUGAUUCACCGCUCAGAAAAAUUGCAGCACCCAAAUGCGGUAAUUCAGCUAGCGCUGCUACAUGGGUUGGUGUGGCUACUCUAACUAGCAAAAUUUUGGGUUUACUUAGAGAAGUUACGAUGGCUUCAGUUUUUGGUGUUGGUCCGGUUGUCUCGGCUUUCAAGUAUGCUUGGGUUUUGCCUGGUUUCUCGUCAUCGCUUCUUGGAGGUGUAAAUGGUCCUAUCCACAUUAUCAUGGCUACAACUUUAAGUAAACUCCCGAAGGAGCGAGGAAAGAAGCUAUUUCUACAUCUGACAACCAUCUUGUUUCUGAUAGGAGGUGUUGCAGGUGCUCUUGUUUAUAUCUUUCCGGAACUCAUACUACGUAUUUAUGCACCUGGAUUAUGGAUCUUGGUGGAAGGAAAAAUAAUACGAGAAAUGGCUAUGGAUCAGCUGAAGAUAAUGGCACCAUGCAUAGUUCUUGCAGGUCCUGUUGGGCUUGGCUUUGGAUACAUGAGUGCAGAAGGAAAUAAUGCUCUCCCUUCCAUUAGCCCUGCUUUUUCCAGCUCACUCCUGAUUGUUGGUUGUCUCAUUCACAUUUUUAGCAGAAGGUUAAAUGCUCCUUCUACCGGUGGAAAGAUUUUAGCAGUUGCAGUGUCGCUUGGAUUAUUCCUCCAGUGGAUCAUCCAGGUCAUACUGCUCAGAACAGAAUGGUCUUCUAUUUUUCCAGAUUCAUUCAGUAAUGUUGUGAAAAGUGGAGAGGUUCGUGAGUUCUUUUCAUUAUUGCUCCCAGCAACUGUAAGUUCAGGAUUGGCUCAAAUUGCAUCAUUCACUGACCUCUGUUUCGCUUCUCUCAUUCCCGGUGCUGCUGCCGGUCUUUCAUAUGCAUAUCUUAUGGUAAUGGCACCAUUGGGUGCUCUUUCAAGCAUCAUAGUACUGCCCCUUGUGGCUACCUUCUCCAAACAGGUGAAGACAUCAUCAUGGGAUCGCUUAGUGGACAAUUUAGAAAGAGCACUGCUCCUUAGCAUGGUGCUUCUCUUGCCUAUUUUUUCUGUUAUGCGUGUCUUAGCAGAGCCAAUUAUCCAUGUCUUGUUCCAACGUUUUGCAUUCGAUUCUUCAGCUAGCGCUCUAGUAUCUGAUCUCUUCCUUGCUUAUUCUCUUGGUGCACCUUUCUUCAUCACUAAAGACUUACUAGUUGCAGCUUUUUACGCCCUCGGAGAUGGUAAGGGACCUUUCCUAGUCAGCGCAGGUGCCGUUGCUUUAAACGCCCUUUUGGAUUGGCUUUCAGUUUCCAGAUUUAACCUCGGAGCAAAGGGACUGGCACUUUCGACAUCGUUUACAGCUGCUGCAUCCACUUUCAUUUUAUUCCAUCUCCUCAAGAGAAAACUUCCAGGAAUAGCAAAUUAUGCUGAUAUCUUCUAUCCUACUACGCUGCUAUAAUUUUGCUGCGUUAUUUCGAGCCUCGCCACAUCUGCUACUUACAAAUUGAUGUGCCAGCUGUUGUCUUCUUCAACCUUCCUCUCAAGGCACCAUUUGAUGAAAGCACUCGUGACUGCAUCAAUAGCAGGAUGCCUUGGAAUUGUCGGCUUCUUUGUUCCUGUCAUCGUCCUACACUUGUCUGGAUUUAAGAUUGUAAGAGAUUUGUAUAGGAUGCUUAUUAAACAGCAAUCUUUCCAACCAAUGGCUAAAUCACAGACCCUCUGACGAGAAUUUGUGAAUAUUCAUUCUGGUUUCCAUCGAAGAAACUCGUGCGAUUGUAUAGAUAAGAGCAGUGGACAAAUUAACUUGUAAUACAACUAGCUUGGUAAGAACUGUCUAUAGAUCUUGCAUUAAUGUAACAUUCCCGCAAAAAAA